AUGGAUCCCGUCGCGAGGAGAGCUUUCUCAGAUUCAGCAUGUAUCGGACUAGAGACUGAAUUUCCGCGACAUUCGGAGUCACUCGACGUAAGGCUGGUCGAUGUAGCCUCCAGGUCGCAACUCUCAGGCACGGCUUUUUAUGAUGCGCAUGAUGUUGAGGCUGGCUAUGAUCCAAAAGAAACAUUACUGUUCCAUGAGACGGAUCUCGAGGCACAGAAAUCGGAUUUAGAUCUCGCGUCGAAAGCGGCUCCUCUGGAAUACACAAUUCCUCUGCGUACGAAGCUCUUCUACCUUGGGACAUACCUACUCUUAAACUUGUCCCUGACGAUUCACAGCAAGUUGCUGCUGGGAGAGUUCAAUUGCCCAUUCCUCUUGACUGCUUUCCAUACUGGAAUGACAUCCGUUGGAUGUUAUAUUCUCAUGGUUCGUGGAUAUAUCAAACCAACAAUUCUGUCGACCCAAGACAAUCGAGUGAUCGUGGCGUUCUCGGUGUUGUGCACUAUCAACAUAGCGAUAUCAAACGUCUCGCUAGGCUUGGUAUCCGUAUCUUUCCAUCAAAUUGUCCGUUCAACGGCCCCAGUCUGUACCAUCCUCAUCUACAAACUCUACUUUGGCCGCACCUACUCCCUCCCGACGUAUCUAUCCUGCAUCCCAAUCAUCACCGGUGUCUCCAUGGUCGCCUACGGCGAAUUCGACUUCACCGCCUGGGGUUUCACCCUCACCAUCUCCGGGGUCCUCCUCGCCGCCCUGAAGACCAUCCUUUCCAAUCGGCUCAUGACAGGCAACCUCUCCCUCCCGCCGCUCGAGCUCCUCUUCCGCAUCUCACCCCUCGCCGCCCUCCAAUCUCUGGCCUACGCCAUCGUCACCGGGGAAGGCAGCGGGUUCCGGGAUUUCGUGGCCGCGGGUUCCCUCACCCCCGGAUGGACGGCUGCGCUGCUCAUCAACAGCGGCAUCGCAUUCCUCCUCAACAUCUCUUCCUUCGGCACAAACAGGGUCGCUGGGGCCCUCACCAUGGCCAUCUGCGCGAACCUGAAGCAGAUCCUUACGGUCUUGCUCGGGAUCGUUAUCUUCGACGUCAGGAUCGGAGUCUUUAACGGCGUGGGCUUGGUCGUUGCGAUCUCUGGCGGGGCGAUCUAUAGCAAAGUCGAAGUCGGUAAUCAUUUGAAGAAGAAGAAGGAGACGAAGGAGGAGGCAGCAACACUAUCCAAUUCACAGACCCUCGUUCUCCACGACCGCGGCCUCGGUAGAUCUCUAGUACUACUUGACUGCGUAGCUAGCCACAACCCGAUGGAUCGAUCACAUCUAGCCAGCUACCUCGUCUCAAACGAACGCCGUCCAGGGAAGAAGGCCUCCAAUAAACCAAAAAAGGCAAGGUUGACGUCGAGGCUUCCCUAG